CAGUUGCGACCAACCAGCGGUUGUAACAUCUCAACUGAAGAGACAGUGAACAGAGAAAAAUCCUCCCUCUGUCUGUACCAACCGCAUCAGCCGCGGAGAACCGGACAGCCGUUACCCCCGACACCCGGCCACGUCUUCCCGCUUCCUGCAGGAUGAGUGUCGGCGCUCCGAGAGGCCUGGCCAGCUCGGGGCAGAAACCCAUCGCGGAGAUCCUCCACCCGCUGUCCGGCACCGAGCAGACGCUGUCCGCCGCCGAGGAGCCGCUCUCCGUCACCGUCAACGUCGAAGGGGACAAGGAAGCUGGGCUGACCAACGGUACGCCGAUUGAGACGUCGAGUCCCGCCUCUGCGUCCUCGCUGUUCAACCGGCUGCAGCUGGACGACGACCUGGAAGCAGAUGUCCGGGACCUCUACGCCUCCACAGAAACCCGUGACCUCUUUGUCACAGUUGAUGACCCAAAGAAGCACAUCUCCACCAUGGAGACGUACAUCACCUACAGAGUCUCCACCAAGACAACACGGAUAGAGUUUGACCUGCCGGAGUACUGUGUGCGACGGCGCUACCAGGACUUUGACUGGCUGAGGAUGAAGUUGGAGGACAGCCAGCCAACCCACCUCAUCCCUCCAUUGCCAGAGAAGUUCGUGAUGAAGGGCGUGGUCGACCGCUUCUCGGAGGAGUUUGUGGAGACCAGGAUGAAAGCUCUGGACAAGUUCCUGAAGCGAAUUGCCGACCAUCCUGUCCUCUCCUUCAACCCACACCUAAACGCUUUCCUGUCUGCCAAGGACUUGAACAAGCGCCAGGGUCUGGCCCUGCUGACCAAGGUGGGCGAGUCAGUGAAGCAUGUGGCCGGCGGCUACAAGCUGCGGGCGCGCCCGGCUGAGUUCUGCGCCAUGGGAGAAUACCUGGACACCUUCAGCCAGAAACUGGGGACCAUCGACCGCAUCGCCCAGAGGAUCCUCAAAGAGCAGUCAGAGUACCUGACAGAGCUACGUGAGUACGGCGCCGUGUACGCCAGCUGGGCGGGGUCUGAGGAACAGCUGCGGCGUCCCCUGGAGGGCGUGGCCAGCUGCGUGACAACGUGCUGCAGUUCGCUGGAGGACCAGAGUGACAGCAUGAGCCAAGACUUCCUGCCUGUACUACGAGAGUACGUCCUCUACAUAGAAUCCAUGAAGAAUGUUCUGAGGAAGAGAGACCAGAGCCAGGCGGAGUACGAGGGCCGCCUAGAAGCAGCCAUAUUGCGCAAACAGGAGGACAGAACGCCAAUGCCGGUGGAGGUAGAGAAAUGCCAGGACAAAGUGGAGUGUUUCAACGCUGACUUGAAGGCAGACUGGGAGCGCUGGCAGAGCAACAAGAGACAAGACUUCAAACAGCUUCUCACCAGCAUGGCCGACAAAAACAUCAACCACUACGAAAAGUGCCAGGCAGCGUGGGAGUCACUCAUAACUCUCCUCCAGGACAAACAGACUGAGGACAAAACAAGCGAGACGAACUGAAACACCUCCUCGUGUCUCCCUGUCUAUGACACUCUCUCAUGCCAAGGAAAAGGACUAACCGGGGCAGCAGACUUGAACUGCUGGACUUCGCCCCAGUUCUCCCAUGAGAUGAUUGUACGGAGAGGAGUCGUCUCUCUCAGAGAUCUGACCUGUGAAGGAGGUAACAAAUGUUGCAUUCAAGGACAGCGGAAAAAAAGAGGAGAGACCUAAGUAUGUACAGACAUUUUUUUUGUUUUGUCAUUGUUCCUAUGGACUUUUUCUACUGCAUAUUUCCAAUUAACAGUAAUUUGCCAAUGCAGCUUGUGUUUAUUCAACCAAGGCCUGAGAAGGCCGUGUUUUCUGUCUCUUCACACUUUCUGUCAUCGCUCCAUGUUCACAUUUAGCCAAAUGAAGGAGAACUCUUUAGCAUUCCAGGAUACAGAUACAGAAGUAUAUUUUGUGUCAGGUGUGUAUUCAGAGCAACCCCAAGAUCCCCCCCCGUCAGGUUGUAAAAGCCUCUGAAAAUGUAACACUAAAACUCUUCACUGAAACAAGAGUCAUCUCUUUCCUCUCUUAAAGGCAUCAUAUUAGCUGUAAGUAUAAUUGUGUACUUUAAUUUAAAGGACCAUACGCGUUAUUGAAGCUAAGCACAGAUCCAGACAGCAGAUUUGGUUAUAAGUUAUGUGCAGCGUAGCAGCACCACCUGGUGGUUAACCUGCUAAGCGUUUUCGUUCUUGUGAAACUAGUUGCUUGUUGGUUUCUCUUAAUGUCACUUUACAAUGGACAUUUAUACCUACUAUAGGGAUUUCACCUCUCUCCUUCAAGUGAAGGCUUUCACUCAGUUGGGGAUGCUAAAGGGAACUCCAGGCAGAUUUCCUCAAUGAGAAACACACAACAUUUCAAAGGAAAUGGAAGGGGAAGACUUCUGUAACUUAACAAACGAAAACAAUCAGGUCUCAACUUUUUGUGGUGAACUUUUAAGUUACUUUUUCUUGCAUUAAUCUGCCUCAGUGACACUCAUAGAGCAUUUCUUAAAGAAACAAACACUGUAUUGGGAACAUGCGGCAUUAUCUAAAAAUGUGUCUUCUUUUUAGAAGAGUAAGGCUCAAAGGCUGGACAUGACCUGAAAUAACCUUUUUAUAGAAAAGAGUUUGGCGCUGUCUGCUUAACAUCAACGGCGCGGGCCUACACAGGUCUUCUGGUCAGAACCAGAUGUAGCAAAAACUACAUUUUGAGUGAAAUACCCUUUACUUUAAAAGCUAAGUCACUUGUUUUAAGUGAACCAUUUAGCUUGAGACUAAGUGACUCAGUAAUGUGGAAAUUGUUUGCAGUUUAGUUCUGUUAUACCCCUCUGACUGAGCAGUUUGCUCAGCUUUGACUCAUGGGAAAUAUUUUUAAGAAGGUGUUGUAGCACUGCAGUACGUAAGACCAACAGCAUUUUUGCGUCACACUUGUUUCCUUUUGUGUUCCUUCUUUGGCUCAAGUUGUUCCUAAUGUGGCCUUGGGAAAGGGAAAAUCCAGUCUGAGACACUCUGUUACACGUCAACGCAUCAUUUUUGCUGAACCCACUUGAUUUACUGACUUCAGACCUUUCCCAAAAUGGCAUUCAACCACAGAAGAUAAAUGCAGCUUGCUGAGAGUUUAGCGUUAUUCCUUUAUUUCCUCUCCGGGCUACUUUGAAUAUCCUCAGCUGUACUGCUUGCUCACUACACUCAGCAUAAAGUAGCGAAACAAUGAACCAAUGAUGACCAGGGCAGACUCAGUCAGGGACUUCUUCUUCAGAACCACAUUUACAAAGUAGUGAUUUUAAUUUUUGUUUGUUUGUGGCAUGGAUCCCACAGUGUUGUAGCCUCAUGAAGAGUAAAAAAAAAAAAUUUUCUCCAACAAAUGAAGUAAUAAUUUCUGUUUGAGUUUCUUCAGUGUCAUUUUAUUUACUGGCAGAUUUUCAGAAAUAUGGUGCUGAUUUGACUUUUUGUGGUCUGCUCCUAGAACCUUUGUUAAAAACUGAGAAAUCUGCUGUGUUUAAGGCCCUUGUCCUGUCUUUUAGGCUGAUUUCACUGAGCCUUCCCUCAGACAGUGUAGCCAAAUGCGAGUGUAGAAAGAAGAAAAGACUGCGAUGAGAGGAAGUGACUGUGGCUGCUUUUAGUACUUAGUUCUCUUUUUAUUUUUACUUCAUCUUUUCCUCUCAAGCUUUUAAAAGCACGAAGCAGCUUCUUGUUACUACCAGAAGUAAGCGAGGUGACACGCUGAAAUCUUAUUUUGGUCAUUUUGAAUGCAGCCAGCAGGAUGGAUGUGAGAGGGUCCAGUGUCGGGGCAGCUGCAGCCUACAGAUGACAAAUGCACUGAUGCUAAAUUAUUAUAUUUGUACUGAAAUAUUAAAGUCCACUUAGGUUCCAGAGUCAAAACAAAGCUUCUGUUUCUUUCACAUAUACUGUAGAGUUUUCGACAUCUUUUUUAUGUUAAUUGUCACAACUUACAUGAACAUACGCCACAAUUAAAGAUAUUUCAAAAAAUGAUUUGUUCACCUCUCACAGACUGAGUCAUUGUUAUUCACUUGGCAACAGUAGGAUUUCAGGAAAGGUAAUGCAUCACUACUAAGCAAAGUUAAAGGUGACCUGUAGAGUUUUUGACCACUAGUAGCCAUAUGGAGAAGUGUUUAUGUGAGCGGGUCCACAAAUUAGUUUUGUUAUUUUGUUUUUUAAAUUAGUUUGUUUACAGGCAAACCACAGCAUACCCUUUUUAAAACUGGAUUGUUUUACAAGACUGUAAAGUUUUUGGUUUCCAAAUCUGUUAACCAUUUCAUAGUAGCACUCUGGACUGGGGAACACCAGAUAUUAGAAAUGAGACUGCAAGUUAUUGUAAGAAUUUGUAAUUUGAAGAACCAAGAAAUAGGAAAUGUAGCAGGAGAUCCGUGUUGGGUUUCCAUUGAGUAUAGAUUACAAUUACACAGUUUAUAAGGGAUUUAUGGAUUUGUACAAAGAAUGUAAAUCUUGCAUUGCUAAAAUGUGAGUAAUGAAACGUUUUAUUUUUAUUUUUGAUGCUCAUUGGGAUCCUAACAAUAGUUAUCAAUUACUUCUUCUUACUCAUAGUCAUUGUAAAAUCCCUGACCGGAUGCCUGCUCAUUUAUUUUUGCACUAUAGGCCUACAUAGUUCCACCCCCUGGCAGACAUAUCUGCUGAGAAACAAAAUCAACAAAAACAUUUGCUUUCUUUCACUUGCCAAAAAUUACAAAUGGUCUGGUGUUGAGGUUGGUUGGGACAUAUAUUUAUUGUCUCAUUCUGGAAAAGAGGGGAGAGUCAGGGGAGACGGGAUUUUAGUUUGUCUACAAUGUACAAAUCAAAUGUUUCCAAGCCAAAUUUCCCCGUCUUUUCCUCCUGUCUUCUUCCUGCAGAUACACACAUGAAGAGAAAAUCUGAUUUGCAUCACAGGACAAACCUGAUCAAUCAAACCUGUAUGAAAGGUUAAGAGUCAGAUGACUUAUGAACGUGUGAAUCUAGCUUCAGUCUUUUUUGUAUUUCUGCCCCCCAGUGUGUACUGUUUACGUUCAGAGUUUUUAUUGUACAUUUGGAUGUUAAUAACCUCUUGUUGGAAUUCUAAAUAAGCUUGUAUAUUGAUGCUGUUUUGAUCUUUACCUCAAAUGAUUUUUGUUUUUGGAUAUAUUGGACCAAUAAUAAAGAGGAGGAAUGCAUUUGA